GAAAAGAAAAUUAAGAGGAAAAAACCUGAAAACUAAAAUUUGCUCAGCAAAGCAAAACACACAGUUGAAAAACAGAGAAGGGAAGCCCUACACACUCUCUCUCCCUCUCUGUCUCACUCUCUCUCUCUCUCUCUCUCUCUCUGUCCCUUGUCUGUCUGUGUGUGUCUCUCUGCCUUUGAUUCUAUUUUUGCGCCAAUCAAAGUCCCAGCAAGUCUCCAAUUCCUUCUCUCUCCUCAAAAUGCCAGCUUCUCCUUCAUUCCCUUCAGACUCCCGCGGCAAAUGGAGGAAGCGAAAGCGCGACCCCCAAAUUCGCAAAGGCAAACGCGACGACGACGACGACGACGACGACGACGCGGUUGCUGCCGCAGAAGACAACGACCUCGAACAGAACGAUGACGUUUCAGAGGAUCCCCACCAUAACCCCCAAUCCGGUGCCGCACCGGAUCCCGGCCCUCACGAGACCGAGGUCCUCGACGGUGGGGUCCGCCAAAGCGACUUCCCUCCCGUCGUUUUGCGCACCGUGAACAGACCCCACUCGUCCGUUCUGGCAAUUGUGGCGCUCGAGCAAGCCAAUCACAGCGGCGGGGACGCCAAGGGCCCCACCAGCCCGAUUGUCUUAGAGAAUGUGUCGUAUGGUCAGCUCCAGGCGUUGUCAGCUGUGCCCGCCGAUAGUCCGGCGUUGGAUCCGGACCGUGCAGAUGGUGCCGGGUCGUCUUACGUGGUCACUCCGCCUUCGAUUAUGGAAGGCCGGGGCGUUGUUAAGCGGUUUGGGAACAGAGUUCAUGUGGUUCCAAUGCACGCAGAUUGGUUUUCACCAGCCACAGUGCAUCGACUAGAGAGACAAGUGGUGCCGCAUUUUUUCUCAGGAAAAUCGUCAGAUCAUACUCCUGAGAUAUACAUGCAAUGUAGGAAUGAAAUUGUUGCUAAAUACAUGGAAAAUCCAGAGAAGAGACUUGCAUUUUCUGAUUGCAGUAGAUUAGCAUUAGCAGGCCGUCUAAGUUCUGAUGAUUUGACUCGAAUAAUUCGUUUUCUUGAUCACUGGGGAAUUAUCAAUUACUGUGCUGUAGCACCGAGUCGAGAGCCUUGGAGUGGCAGUUCCUACUUAAGGGAGGAGCUAAAUGGUGAAAUUCAUGUGCCAUCAGCUGCUCUAAAAUCCAUUGAUAGUUUAAUCAAAUUUGACAAGCCCAGAUGUAGGCUUAAGGCAGCUGAUGUUUAUUCGUCUUUGCCAUGUCAUGAUGAUGAUGAUGUCUCUGAUUUGGACAACACAAUUCGGAAACGUCUAUCUGAAAAUCAUUGCAAUCAUUGUUCUUGUUCUCUUCCCGAUGUAUACUAUCAGUCACAGAAGGAGGUUGAUGUACUUAUGUGCUCUAAUUGCUUCCAUGAGGGAAGAUUUGUGGUUGGUCAUUCAAGCAUAGAUUUCAUACGGGUGGAUUCAACAAAAGAUUAUGGUGAUACAGAUGGGGAGAAUUGGACUGAUCAAGAAACCCUUCUGCUGCUUGAGGCAAUGGAAACGUACAAUGAGAACUGGAAUGAAAUUGCAGACCAUGUUGGUACGAAGUCAAAAGCACAAUGCAUCCUUCAUUUUCUUCGUUUGCCUGUGGAGGAUGGCCUGCUGGAAAAUAUUGAAGUUCCAGGCGUGCCCAUGUCUUCCAACUCGUCAGAUAGAGAUGGUCGUGGAGGAUUUCAUUCAAACUCAAAUGGGGAUACGGCAGGAUCCUGCCCACAAGAUGCUGAUUCUGAAAGCAGGUUCCCAUUUGCGAAUUCUGGGAAUCCAGUCAUGUCCCUGGUUGCAUUUCUGGCCUCUUCUGUUGGGCCAAGAGUUGCUGCAUCUUGUGCCCAUGCAGCAUUGACGGUAUUUUCUGAGGAUAAUGGUGUAUCUGCUUCUGGAAGUAUUUUGCAGAUGGAAGGAUCAGGACAUAGGAUGAACCCUGAGAGCAUACAUGGUAGAGAAGGUGGUGCUCACGGAAAUAUUGCAAAUUCACUUCAGCAGAAGGAAGAGAACACAGCAGGACAUGGUUCUAGGGGUCAAAAUGAGGCAGGGACAAUUCCAAUACCUGCAGAAAAAGUUAUAGCUGCUGCCAAAGCUGGCCUUGCUGCUGCCGCAGUAAAGGCAAAAUUAUUUGCUGAUCAUGAAGAACGGGAAAUUCAGAGACUAUCUGCUAAUAUCAUAAAUCAUCAGUUGAAGAGAUUGGAGCUGAAGUUAAAGCAGUUUGCAGAAGUGGAAACUUUUCUAAUGAAAGAAUGCGAACAAGUGGAGAAGACUAGGCAGAGGAUGGCUGGUGAACGUGCCCGUCUUAUGUCAGCUCGGUUUGGACCCGCUGGAGUAGCUGCACCUAUGGGUUUAGCAGGUCUUGGUCCUUCCAUGUCCAAUAAUAACACUGGUACCGGUAGGCAACAAAUAAUGUCACCUUCAGCUUCACAGCCUAGUGUAUCAGGAUACAGCAACAACCAACCAAUCCAUCCCCACAUGCCAUUUGUGCCACGCCAAUCAAUGUUAGGGUUGGGUCCGAGGAUGCCCUUGACAUCCAUACAGUCAUCCUCAUCAGCUCCAAAUGCCAUGUUUAAUGCCGCAGGGACUGCCCAGCCGACUUUAAAUCAUCCAAUGUUGAGGCCUGUACCAGGUACUAGCUCUGGUCUAGGUUGAAAGAAAACAUGUAGAUUUGGGGUUUAUGGUUAUUCCUUUUGGUCGUUGCUUUCUGCACUGCAACUGAAAGUAGUGGAUAACAUAGAUGACAUUCACGAUCAAUCUGCCUCACAUUCUUUUUUAGUUUUUUUUUUUUCUAUAUAGAAGAUACCUCCGGCAGAUUGUAGGGCCUGUAUGUUCAUACAUUUGAUCAUUAGAAAUUAAUUCAGCCAAAAAAUAAUUGUGUUUCUGAAA